AUGUCUGCGUCCAAGGAAUUGUUCGGAGGUGCCAUCACGGUCACUCUGCCCUCGGAGCUCAUCGAUGCGUCGAACUUCCGACAAGUUCCUGAUACGCAGGAAGUCUUUGUAUCUCCGAACUCUGGCCUCAGCGUCAUCGUCGAAGUCCUCCAGAGCGUCGCAGCUACCGACCCCCGAGAAGCUGCCGGCUUCCAUUUCGAUGCCUUGGCGCAUGAUAACGACGCCAAAAGCAAGACGAUCACCGACACCGCGACUGUCUCGAACGGAUCUGUGGGCGGGACGCCAGACCCUGUCGUCCUGGAGGGGACACAGAUGGUGGAGAAGUUCAACAGGACGAAGCCGGACGAGGUCCGCAUUCUGCUCGCUCUGUUCCGAGUGCCGGACAAGACCGUCGAUCUCGUUAUGACCAUGAACGUACCCAUGACGAGCGGCGACGGCGGCGCGCUGACCGAGGCCGACUAUCGCUCUGUCAAGGACGUCUUCGACACAGCCGCCAAAUCGUUGCGCAUCGUCGACUACGGUUUGUUCGCAUGA